AUGCCCACUGCUGGCCGACUAGUUCAUUUAGAAGUGCCCACAGGUGGCCAACUAGUUCAUUUAGAAGUGCCCACAGGUGGCCAACUAGUUCAUUUUGAAGUGCCCACUGCUGGCUGGCUAGUUCAUUUAAAAGUGCCCACUUCUGGCCAACUAGUUCAUAUAGAAGUGCCUACUGCUGGCUCCCUUGUUCAUUUAGAAGUGCCCACUGCUGGCCGGCUAGUUCAUUUAGAAGUGCCCACUGCUGGCCAGCUAGUUCAUUUAGAAGUGCCCACAGGUGGCCAACUAGUUCAUUUAGAAGUGCCCACAGGUGGCCAACUAGUUCAUUUAGAAGUGCCCACUGCUGGCCGGCUAGUUCAUUUAGAAGUGCCCACUGCUGGCCAACUAGUUCAUUUAGAAGUGCCUACUGCUGGCCGACUAGUUCAUUUAGAAGUGCCCACAUGUGGCCAACUAGUUCAUUUAGAAGUGCCCACAGGUGGCCAGCUAGUUCAUUUAGAAGUGCCCACUGCUGGCCGGCUAGUUCAUUUAGAAGUGCCCACUGCUGGCCGAUUAGUUCAUUUAGAAGUGCCCACUGCUGGCCGACUAGUUCAUUUAGAAGUGCCCACAGGUGGCCAACUAGUUCAUUUAGAAGUGCCUACUGCUGGCCGAUUAGUUCAUUUCGAAGUGCCCACAGGUGACCAACUAGUUCAUUUCGAAGUGCCCACUGCUGGCCGACUAGUUCAUUUAGAAGUGCCAUUACUGUGUUCAUGCACCUGA